CGGCCCGGGGCGGGGCCUCGGCGCUGUCCGGUGCUGAAGCGGCGGCGGCGCGGAGGGCGCGGGGAGGAGCCGGCGCGCUCGCACCGUGGACCGGGCGUCGCUGGGCCGCUGCGCCGCUGGCCGCGGGCAUGGGGCGGCCGCCGCUGCCGCUGCUGCUGCUGCUGCUGCUGCCGGCCCUGGGCCUGCCCGCCGCGCCCGCCCCCCGCCGGCAGCUCCCGGGGCGCGCGGGCUGCCUGUUCCGGGACGGACUCUGCGGGGACUCGGAGCUGUGUGUGGACGAUGGAGCGUUUGGAAGGUGCCAGUGGCUUCCCGCCAUGGACACGCCCGGCUACCCAGUGUCCCUGGGGACUCAGCGCCUGAGGGCCAGUUUGCAACAGCCACCGCACUCAGACACAGGUCUCCCCUGGCAGGAGGACGGCCACGCCCCGCACACGGCGGCCCGGGAACUCGCCGACCUGCUCGGGGUACCCCCUCGGCACCCCGCCAGGCCAGCCCCACAGAGCACCAGCAUGGGGAGGAGCGAGCCCCUGGACAGAGGCCUGGCGCUGGCCACUGCUCUGCAGCGCUUCCUGCCCUACCUGGAGGCCCUGUCCCGGCCCCCCGCCCCCGACGGGCGCAGCUGGGCGAGGAGCCCCGGGGCAGCAGCUCAGGACGGAGACCCCCUCGCGGCCCCGGGCCAGGCGCCUGCUCUCACCUACGCCCCCGAGCCCCGCCGGCGCCCGCCCGACCAGCUCAGCCCCCAGGCGGACAGCGGCGUGGAUGGGCAGAGCCUGGCCGCGGCCUUGGGCGAAUACGUGGCGCGGAAUGCCGCCCUGGCCCCGAGGAGGGGCCCCCCGGCCGGGCACGGCCCCCUGCCCGGGCUCCGGGGGGCGCCCCAGAAGCUGCCCACCUCUGCGGCCGACCUCCUGGACUCUGGCAGCGAUGCCCGGAUCCGAGAGCUCCUGAAGGACCCAGUGAAGCCCCGGGCCGAUGGCGGGACCUGGGACCCCGUGCGCCUCGACGAGAUGGUCCUCAUGCUUUCGGGCCCAGAGCAGACUGGGCUCGAGGGGACCGCCGGGGGACAGCCUGGGGAGCAGGGGGACGGCUCGGCAGCUCUGCACGGGGCCCACAGCCGGCCAGGUCACAGCGGGCCAGACGGGGGCGCCGAGGCUACCCUGGAGGUGGACGCCCCGCGCAGCUCCCUGGCUGCCCUCGGGCCCCCCAGGACAGCGGUGAGGAAGUCCGAGGCGCCCGACGCUGCCCUGUCCUCGGAGGAGGAGCGUGCGGGGCUGGAGAACGUGAGGAGCCAGACCUACUUCCGAGCACUGGGGCCCGGCCAGCGCGGGGAGCCCGCAGGCGGGCAGGACGGCCAGAGCCCGGGGGCCCAAGGGCACACCGACCCCGACCUGCGGCUGGAGGUCAAGUCCCCUUCAGAGCCCGGCUACGUGGUGACGGACAGAGACCCCCUGAGCCUGGCGCAGGGCGCGGAGCUGUUGGGGGAGCUGGCGCACCUCCUGGACCUGCCCGCCGGCGUCUUCUGGGAUGUCCGGGUGCUGGGGCCCACGGUGACCUUCAGAGUGAGCCCCGGAGUCCACAACCUGACCGAGGCAGACGCGGCCCGGGCGGCAGCUGACAGCAAGGACCGGCUGCAGAGCGCGACCGGGCUCAAGGUCCUCGGGGCUGGCGUCGGGCCGGGGGGCCAGCUGCAGCCGCGGCCUCAGCACGGACAGCCCGAGGACUCCACCAAGUUCGCGGUGCUCACCCUCGUCUCCGUGGCGGCCAUCGUGGGCGUGCUCCUGGCCUCGGGGGCCACCUACUGCCUGCGCCACGGCGCCCACCGCCGGCUCCAGGAGAAGCUGGGCGGGCCCCCCGGCCCCGACUGCACCGCUGCCUACCAGGAGCUGUGCCGGCAACGCAUGUCCGGGCGCCCGUCAGAGAGGCCCGAGGCCCCGCACACGUCACGUGUCAACAGCGUCUCGUCGCAGUUCAGUGAUGGGCCGGUGCCAAGCCCAUCCGCACGCAGCAGCACCUCGUCGUGGUCCGAGGAGCCCGUGCAGCCCAACAUGGACAUCUCCACUGGCCACAUGGUGCUGGCGUACAUGGAGGACCACCUGCGGAACAAGGGCCGGCUGCAGGAGGAGUGGCGAGCACUGUGCACCUACCAGGCGGAGCCCGGCAGCACGCUCGUGGCCCAGUGCGAGGAGAACGUGCCCAAGAACCGCUGUCCCGGGGUGCUGGCCUAUGACCACUCCAGGGUCCUGCUCAAGGUGGAGAAUGGCCACAGCCAGUCGGACUACAUCAACGCCAGCCCCAUCAUGGACCACGACCCGCGCAGCCCCGCCUACAUCGCCGCCCAGGGCCCGCUGCCCACCACCGUGGCCGACUUCUGGCAGAUGGUGUGGGAGAGCGGCUGCGUGGUCGUGGUCAUGCUCACGCCCCUGGCCGAGGCUGGCGUGCCGCAGUGCCACCACUACUGGCCCGACGAAGGCUCCUGCCUGUACCACAUCUACGAGGUGAACCUGGUGUCGGAGCACAUCUGGUGCGAGGACUUCCUGGUGCGGAGCUUCUACCUGAAGAACGUGCGGACCCAGGAGACCCGCACCGUCACCCAGUUCCACUUCGUCAGCUGGUACGACCGGGCCGUGCCCGCCUCCACCCGCUCACUGCUGGACUUCCGCAGAAAAGUAAACAAGUGCUACCGUGGCCGCUCUUGUCCAAUAAUUGUCCACUGCAGUGACGGAGCGGGCCGGAGCGGCACCUACGUCCUGAUCGACAUGGUUCUGAAUAAGAUGGCCAAAGGCGCUAAGGAGAUCGACAUCGCGGCCACCCUGGAGCACCUGCGGGACCAGAGGCCCGGCAUGGUGCAGACCAAGGAGCAGUUCGAGUUCGCGCUGACGGCCGUGGCCGAGGAGGUGAACGCCAUCCUUCAAGCCCUGCCCCAGUAGCCGCCGCCCGACCCCGCACUCCGCUGUGUCCUUCCACCCUGUAGUAAUAAAGAUCUGUGGGAGCAUCGA